AUUUAUGCCUGUGCGAAUAGCAGAAUACAGCGAGCGGAAAAAAGAGUGCAUACAGGACUUUUAAAAACGUAAUAUAAAUAAAAGGAGAUUAUAUUGUAAACUCAACCGAGAAACAGUGAAACACAGACAAUGGACGAAACAGAAGAGGAAGGCCAAAAGUAUAUUGAAGGAUUUAUUCGACAUACAAUUAAAUGAGAAACGCAAAGUAUUGAGGCUCUUAAAAGGGACACAACACAGCUUUCAGAGAGGAUACGAAGUCGAGAAGAAGAAAUACGAACAGCUAGAGAACGGGAAACGAAGCUGAAAGAAAAAAUAGAGAAACUGGAGAAGGAAUGUACCGAACUAAAGAACAGUUCAGAUGAUGCUCUAGCAACAAAGGAGAGAGAAUUAAAAGAAACAAAACAAGAGUUAAAAGAAUUGCAGGAAAACAUGACAUACAAGGAAAGAGUUUUAAUGGAAUGCAAAGAACAAUACAGAAUAAAAGAUGAGGCGUUAAGGACAUCCGGAGAAGAGUCAAGUCAGUUGAACACAGAGCUGAUCGAAGAAUUAAGACUACAAGUGCAGAGAUAUCAAAGGUUAACUAAAACAGUUUCGGAAAAGGGAGAUGAAAUAGACAGGUUAAAAAUGAGACUUUCAGAAAAGGAAGAGGAACUUAAAAGAAAAAAAAACAAUGGACAAAAACUGUUUUCUCUAUUCCUGGCUGUUUUUGGACUGUCAUGUCUCACUUCAGACGCCUGCAGGAACAUACAUAAGUGUCUACCCACCGGGCAUAAAAGGGAUUUAAUCCAACUCAACUUAACGUGGUACAAUCUCUACAGGAGGAUUGUAAGCGCCUAGGACAUCCAGAUCAUAUUAUUCCUUUGUUCGGUCUUAAUGUUGACGAUAUAGAUGAUUGGUACAAAUUAAUUGAUGUAGACCAUGAACGAUGGACAGCGGAUAACAGUAUGCUCGAAACCGCACUAACCAAAGGAUCGGACGAUUUAGGGAAGUACUUAGAAGAAUACAAACACACGAAUACAAAAAGUGCAGAUUACAUAUAUUCAGCUGCCUGGUAUUAUUCACUGGGAAAAUAAACAAAAACGGUACCGAACAUAAUUAUUAUAUGUUGCAUGAACCAUAUUACUUAACGGCAAAAGUAUUUUAAUGUAUUAGAGUAUACUGUCUACGAUAUGUAAACACCAAUAUAACACGCAUUAAAUCAGAAAAUUGAAAUAAUGUGAUGAUGUCGGAUGAUAUAAAGGAAACGUUGAUUUGGGUAACAAGUGCACGUAAUUGUUUAUACUGACCUGCUAUUGGGAGACCUCAUUCGUGUGGAAGAUCUUAAUCGUAUUUUCCUAAUAAGUUCUUCAUCACAGCUGAUUUACGUCUACGUUUACGUCUACGUAUCAAAGUUCUAAUACAAAGGCGGAAACCUUAUGCUUUGCGUCAUCUUUAUACGUUUGAUGAUAUUUCAUUGCAUUUAAUAACUUUAUUGUUUUGAUCGCUGUUUUGUACUUACUCAAGUGAUAAUGCAUAUUUUUAAAAUAUAAAAUGGGCAUUUACAAAUACGGUUGACACUCAAUCUUAUAAAACAUCAUCCGGUAUCAGUUUGCAAAUCCUCUUUUUUUGCAAACGUAUUGUUAAUUGUAUUUGCAACAUUAACUUAAAUUGGAAGGAAAAAUAUGCUUUUAGUUAAAACAGUUUUCAGAAAUAAAAACAGAUAAGAACAUACAUCUGACGCAGUUGUUGAUAAAACUGCGCUGGAUUGUACACAAGUGAAAAUGCAGAUGGAAUUAAUUAUCAAUAACGUGUGGACAUUUUUACACCCGUAUUUAAAUUCAGCAGCUCUGGCAAUUUUCAACUGCUGUUAUCUAAGACUUCUAUGAUCCCAACGUACUGGUUUUUUUUUUAAUUUUACUGGAAAUAUCAAAUUUUUAAUUGCAAUUUUGGGUGCCACUUUUAAAAUUUAUGUCUCAAAUAAUAAAAUAAGAGUUUGCUAAUAAUCCGGAUUUUCAAACACCGACUGUUGUUAUAAUCAAGUUGAUUGCCGUCUUAAUAAUAUUUGAUAAAAUAUAACUAAAUUAAAGUAUAUCGUUAAUGAUUAUGUAUGAACAUUAAACUAAAUGCAUUGAUUCUUUUUUUUUAUUGUUUUAACAUAAACAAUUCGAAAUUCCCAAAGUGCAAAUUGAAAAAGAUGAAAUAGCAGUUUUCAUGGCCAGCUGUUUUUAUUCCACUAAAACGUUUCUUUUGAAAGGAGAUGCAGAUAACAACUGCA